AUGAGCCCAGUGUGGGAGCCCUUUGGCAAGAACUGGCUCAGGAAGGUCAGACCCAGAGUCCCAGGCCCCCAGUUCCCGCUCAGUGGGCUCGGGGUCCCGCCCACCUGCCUGGCCAGCUGCGCAGCGCACCGGCAGGCCUGCAGCGUGGGAACGCCCCAGCUGGGCGGCAGCAGCCGUCAGGACAAGCUGCGCGGUUCCCAGCCUCCGCGCCUGCCCCCAGCCCGGCACCGCGCCGCCCAGCCGUCGCCGGGCAACCGCGGCCGAGUGUUCCGGCUCCCAGACCCCAGUUGGGCUGGGGCGCCGGCACGCCGGGGGCACCCCGCCCUGCAUGCCCCCAUUCAUCCGCGCCGCGGCCGCGGGAGCUUCUCAAUGGGAAGACGGCGGGUCUCCCGGGGGCGGGGCGGGCCGGGGCGGGGCGAGCGGGACCCGGCCCUCCCGGGGUCUCUCCCAGACCCGGCGCGCGGGACUGGCCGGCGCUUCAGCGCCUCAGAGCCUGCGGCGGAGCUGACUUCGGAAACUUCAGGCCACAGACGGGGUGCCUCUAGCCUGGGGCGAAGAGUCGGGCGCGAAGGGGGCUCAAGGCCGAGAGGUGGGAGGUGUGCUGCCAAGGAAGGAGUUGGCAGGGAAGCCAGUGCAAAAAGUCCGCUGCAUCUUGGGGGCCAUAUACUCAGGAUGCUGGUUCCCGCCCUCCUCCUCUUUUUCUGCCUCAGAGGGCGUGCAGGCGGGUCACCCCACUUCCUGCAACAGCCGAACGACCUGGUGGUACUGCUGGGGGACGAGGCCCGGCUGCCCUGUGCCCUGGGCGCAUACUGGGGGCUGGUUCAGUGGACUAAGGAUGGGCUGGCUCUAGGGGGCGAAAGGGACCUGCCAGGAUGGUCCCGGUACUGGAUAUCAGGGAAUGAGGCCAAUGGCCAGCACGACCUCCACAUUAAGCCCGUGGAGCUAGAGGAUCAAGCAUCAUAUGAAUGUCAGGCUACACAAGCAGGCCUCCGCUCUCGACCAGCCCGACUGCACGUGCUGGUGCCCCCAGAAGCCCCCCAGGUGCUGGGCGGCCCCUCGGUGUCUCUGAUUGCUGGCGUUCCUGUGAAUCUGACUUGUCGAAGCCGUGGGGAUGCCCGCCCCACCCCUGAGCUGCUGUGGUUCCGAGAUGGGAUCCAGCUGGAUAGGACCACCUUCCACCAGACCCUGCUGAAGGAAGGGACCACUGGGUCAGUGGAGAGCAUCUUAUCCUUGACUCCGUCCAAUCAUGAUGAUGGAGCCACCUUGGUCUGCCGGGCCCGCAGCCAGGCCCUGCCCACGGGGAAGGACACGGCUAUCACGCUGAGCCUGCAGUACCCCCCAGUGGUGACUCUGUCUGCAGAACCACAGACUGUGCAGGAGGGAGAGAAGGUCACUUUCCUAUGCCAGGCCACGGCCCAACCUGCUGUCACAGGCUAUAGGUGGGCAAAGGGCGGCUCCCCGGUGCUCGGGGCCCGCGGGCCAAUGUUGGAGGUCGUGGCGGACGCCUCGUUCCUGACUGCGCCGGUGUCCUGCGAGGUCAGCAACGCCGUGGGUAGCGCCAACCGCAGCACAGCGCUGGACGUGCAGUUCGGACCGAUUCUGCAGGCAAAGCCGGAGCCCAUCUCCGUAGACGUGGGGGAAGACGCCUCCUUCAGCUGUGCCUGGCGCGGGAACCCGCUCCCACGGGUAACCUGGACCCGCCGCGGGGGCGCGCAGGUGCUGGGCUUCGGGCCCACUCUGCGUCUUCCGUCGGUGGGGCCCGAGGAUGCGGGCGACUACGUGUGCAGGGCUGAGCCGGGGCUCUCUGGCCUGGGGGGAGGCGCUGCGGAGGCUAGGCUGACUGUGAACGCUCCCCCGAUAGUGACCGCCCUGCACUCUGCGCCCGCUUUCCUGAGGGGCCCCGCCCGCCUUCAGUGUCUAGUCUUCGCCUCCCCCGCCCCAGAUGCCGUGGUCUGGUCUUGGGAUGAGGGCUUCCUGGCGGCGGGGUCGCAGGGUCGGUUCCUGGUGGAGACGUUCCCAGCUCCAGAAGGCAGCGGGGGACAGGGUCCAGGUCUGAUCUCUGUGCUACACAUUUCGGGAACCCAGGAGUCUGACUUCAGCCGAGGCUUCAACUGCAGUGCCCGCAACCGGUUGGGCGAGGGAGGCACCCGGGUCAGCCUGGGCCGUCGAGACUUGCUGCCCACUGUGCAGAUCAUCGCUGGAGUGGCCGCUGCAGCCAUGACGCUCCUUAUGGUCAUCACUGGGGUGGCCCUCUGCUGCUGGCACUACAGCAAGGGUCAGUCCUCUUUCUCCAAGCAAAAGAACUUGGUGCGAAUCCCAGGCGGCAGCGAUGGCUCCAGUUCAAGGGGCGCCAAGGAGACAGGCAGCAGCGAGGACCGGGGCCCCAUCGUGCACACGGACCACAGUGACCUGGUUCUGGAUGAGGAGGGGUCUCUGGGGACCAAGGACCCAACCAAUGGUUACUACAAGGUCCGAGGAGUCAGUCCACCCACGUCUGCAGACUCAUGUGUGACAUCUCUCCAAUUGAAGAGUCCUGAGAUCUUCAACUUGCCAUAAUGGAUUGUCCCAAUUUCUAAGAACCAGAACAAUCUGGUGACCUUACUCCUCUGAAAUUGAACACUGAGAGGAGGGAAAGACUGUUCCAACUGUCUGGGUCAUUGAUGUAGUCAGCUCAGCCAAAGGGAACACCUCAAGUGGGAGCAAGAUGGCCACUAUGCCCACCUCUUCCCUGUGGAAAAGAGAUUCGAGAUGGCAAAUGGGCCGUUUGCAGAGGGAUGGAGACAGGGGGUGAUGGGAGUUAGGGGCAGGGAUGGAAGUUGUUUCCAGAUACUGAAAGUAGGUAUCUCAAGAUAACCACCUUCAUUGAGAAGAAAGGUAACAUAGGGCAGAUUAAGAUGGAAGCCGGGCCAGGCCCUGUGCUGAGGGGCACUUUGCUUGGCCAAUGGAAGUGCAGCCAAGAUGGCUCUCCACUCCCUGGGACCCCAAGAUGGCCACCAUCUUGACUUCUUCCACCUUCCUUAAAGGCCGUUGAAGAAUUGGACCUGGAAGAAAGGAGUGAGGAUAGGGUGAGAACUGUCACUGGAGGCGGGGAAGGGGAAUCUGGGGGUGAGAAUAUUUAUGUUUAAUAAAAAAAGUCGAGA